AACAAUGGCCAACGCAAUCCUCCUAGUUUCCCUGAUGGCUGUCCUUCUAUGCCUGGCGUCCAUUGGGUGCGCUCAAGAUGAUAGCGAGCUCAAGAUCGAGGCACGUCGUUUGAUUGACAUCUACAAUAAUCCUGAAGUGGACACUGCCACAAAGUUUAACAAUCUGGAGAGCCUUGCCAAGUUUUAUGAGCAGCAUUCCGAUCAUUAUCCACUGCCUAAAGACCAAAAGCAACGCGCUAGUGAACUUUUGGAGAGGCACAAACAAGCUGCUCUACAGUCUUUAGGUGGUGCAGUGCUUGUCGUCGGAGCUCCCGGUGGACAUAGCUGGGAAUUAUAUCCUGGAAGGGUUGUAGUGAUAGAUGGAGCCACUCGAACAGUGGGCGAGGCUGUCAACCAUCUCAAAUCGUCUGCAAAGGGAGUGGAAAUGAACAAACAGGUCGCUAUUUUCGGCUUAGUUUUCCUCGUCACCAGUUAUAUGUUUAGGACUCAAUCAAUGUAAUCGGCUAAACAUUUUAUUCUAAAACUAGGGCAAAAAAUAAUUCUCAAAUCUAUUUGGUCACAGGGGAACAUUGCUAUAAAUUAUAUGUGUGGUUACCUUUA